UCGCUUCGCUGUCAACGAUCGAGUUUGUUGUUUGUUUUGCUUCCCAAUGACUUGAUUGGAGUAGUGAAAAGUUAAGUUGGUUUUACUGAAUUUUAACUUAAAACAAGUGACAUUAUCGUAACAAUCAUGAGUGACAAACCCGUCGUGUGCCGCACCUGCCGGAAAGAGUCCGCAGCGGAACGGGCCGGCGGCGUCUGUCACCUGCCCGUCGAGGCCGAGGACCAGCACGGCAAGUCGGUGGCGGAGAAGAUCUACGAGGUGACCGACGUGAUGGUCCGGCUGGACCACAGCCUGUCCCAGGUCAUCUGUAUGCCGUGCGUCGAGCUGCUGGAGAUUGCGUACAACUUCCGCCAGCAGGUCAUCGAGUCAAACAAUAUCUUGAACCAUUGUAAAUUGGGCAUGCUAGCGAUUAAGGAAGAGCCGAUAGAUCCAUGUGAAGUUAAAAUAGAAGGCGACUCGGAGAACGAAACCGUUGGCGUGCCGCAGUCGAGCUCAAAGCGACCCUUUAGAUCUACGUCCCCGAAGCUACCGGUGAAGAUGGCCCGCAAGUCGACGACCAGCACAAACAGCAGCACCGAUAAGAACAAGAACAAAUCGCGAAAAUUGUUCGCCAAAAUGGCGUUGGAGAACGUUAAGGAGGUCAAUGGCCGGAUCCACUGCCGGAUUGACGAGUUCAAUCCGUGUGCUUAUGCUCCCAAGACAUUCGAUUCCUGCAACUUCAUUCGACACUUCCGGAAGCAGCACCGGGAGAUCGCCAAGCUCAAAGGGUUCUUUCGAGACGCGGAACGUGGGGAGGAACAAAAACCGCGUUCGUCGUCAGAGAAGAAGCAAACUCAGGUCAAGCUGAAGGUGGCAUUGAGUGUUCAGAAGGUGAUUGAAGGUUGCUUGAGGCUGGUUGCGGAGCAUAACUUUCCAUUGAACGGUUUCGACUGGGCCGGGUUCCGGCUGCUGUUGGAAGGACUCGCUUUGAACGUCAAUGAAGCUCAGGUUCGGAAAUAUCUGAGUCGUGCCGCCGGGUUGAUCGUGGAGCGGAUCGUUAAGGAGAUGGCUGGCCGGAUGAUAUCAAUCAAGAUCGAUUCCGGAUGCUUGAACGAGCGGCACAUUCUGACCGUGACUGCCCUGUUUGAGCUGCACAACGUCGUCAUGUGCCGUGUUCUGGGCAUUGUCGAGGUUGCGCCGGACGAUUCACCGGAACAUAUUAAAAACCACGUGCUGGACGUGGUCCGGCGGUACAAUGUGUCAGUGGAUCAGAUUUACGCGAUCGCUUGGGACGAGGGUGCUAUGAUCAUCACUUCUAACCGUAAGCUGUACAGGCUGGCGAGCUAUUCGAUACAGACCGACGAGGUUUGGAAUGAAUACGAUGAAUACGAUGACGAGGCAUCGGUCGUAUUGACACGGCGAGAAGAACUGUUGGAAUCACUGGCAACGGAGCUGAAGAGUGACAAGUUUGUGACCGUUCGUGGCGCGAUUCACAACCUGGAACAAGCUCUCGCAGACAUCGUUGACCAGGCGGAUCCCAACGUAACGGCGAUCGAGGAAUUCGUCAUAAGCUUACGGAAUGACGAAUGUCGAACGUUCAUCGAGUCUCAGCAGGCCUCGCUGCCUCCAUUGUGGUCGUCGGACCAGUGGAUCUGCAAGUACAAAACCAUCCAUAGCAUAGUCAAGCAGGAGUGGUUCUUCUCAACGCUAAAGAAAGACUUUCCAGAGUUGGGUAAGACAUUCUUCCAGUUCUUCAAAACAUCUGACCAAAUUGAGCAAUUCACAGAUCUUAAAUCAAGCGUCUGGCAGUUCAUGCGGGACCACGAAGCGGCUUUCCUGCCCCUGUACAAGAUGAUCAAGCAAAUGCAGCAGCGUCACCAACCCUUCUCGGAGUUCUACAUGCAGUGGUUGAUUGCGAUCAAAGAUCUACGUAGACUCACCGCCAAUCGGUUCUCGAAAUCCGUUACCGAUUCGCUGACAACGUUCCUAAACUCCUUCAAGCAGAACAUGGUCUUUAACGCCGCCCUCUAUCUUGAUCCACGCUUCAACUACUUUAAAUCGGCCGUUUUCAUUCCGGAACUCAAAGAAGAAGUUCAAAAUUACAUCAUCGGCGUUUGGAACCGGAUCAACGCGUUGACUACCGGAAUCGUACCCGAAAAACCAAAGUCCGGCACUGACGAAGACGACGACAUGGACCGGUUCCUCACGGAAAUGUUCGGCGGUCAGGUCGACAACGCCAAGCAGGUCCGCAUCGACGCCAACUGUCCGCUGAUGCAGCAGCUCAAAGGGCUAGAGAUUGAACCCCGUCAGCCGCACAACUACGACGUCUGGCAGCACUGGGUCGAUCGCAAAGAGACGCAUGCCGAGCUGGCCAAAGUGGCUCUGGUCGUGCUGUCCGCGCCAACCAACGUCAUCUCGCUUCCCGCGACGUUCGGUGCGUUUUUUGCACCUGACCAGAACACCUCCCGGUACUCCAGCAAGAUCCUGGAGGAUAUCCUCACCGUGAAGUUGAACCAACCGACGUUCAAGAAAAUUAUACCGAUCAUGAUUGAGGUGAAGAAAUAAAUUGAAAAAAAUAACAUUUCAUUU